UCCCAUGCGAAGGCUCUUUCGAAGAGGGCCCGACGGCUUUGGCAGACGAGCGCUCAAGGAUCUCCGCAAAAUCUGCAUCAUGUGAUCUGUGUCUCGUGCGAUGUUCGAAGUCAAAAUCGUCCUCAAGGCUGCCUCAAGGUUCACUUCUACCUCCGUCUCACUCUGUAGUGGAAGUGGGGAUAUUGUCGCAUCGCAAACGCUCGUAUCUGUCUUAUCGAGUACACGGUACGUGCUCGGCACGGUACAUUCGUUGAACUAUCAACAGCGAGACUGGCCAGUGAUAGAUCGGAGGACAAACGGGAGAUCGGAGUCUUGAGCAUCCGUCCAACAUGUUUUCUAUCUCGAGGUACAUGUGGACCGGAACAGUGCAAGACUACAUCUUGCUCGGCCUGACAGUGGUCCUCCUGCUUUGUGUGAGAUCUAUCCGGCGACGGUGGUGGUCGUGUGAAGGGAAUUUGAGCAGUAACGCGGACGUACGGUCCCUCCGUGAGCCACCGGAGAUAACUGUGCUAGAAGAUCAGGAAAGUAGGCAACGCGCCAAGCAGUUGUACGACGCAUUCCUUGUUCUAGACGUCGAGGGGACGUGCGAGGGUACAAAAUCUUUCGAUUAUCCAAACGAGAUCAUUGAAAUGUGCCUCCUGCGUUGGAAGGACAAAGACGACGAGGGUCUCGCUGAAUGCCUCGAGGUAGUCAGUGAAUUCAGAAGCUUCGUGAAGCCAACAUGGAGACCUCAACUCUCCGAAUUUUGCACUCAGCUCACUGGAAUUACCCAGGAGCAAGUUGACAGUGCUCCGACGUUCACAGAGCUCGUAGACAGCUUCCGAGAGUUCCUCGAAGCCAAUGGCCUUAUCGACCCUGACACUGGCCGCCGCCUUGUCAAAUUCUGUUGGUGCUCUGACGGCCCGUACGACAUACGCGACUUCGUGGUGAAGCAGUGCUUCAUUUCAAAGGUCCCGAUGCCGGCAUGGAUUACAGGGGACGUGCUAGACAUUCGCAAGGCCGUUCACAUCUUGCUCGAUGCCGUCCUGGACAAACGCUCGGCUAUCGGCGAACAGUCAGGGCAGCAGCAUGCCUUUCCAAUCUCGCGUCGUGUUGCGCUUACGAUUCCGCGCCAACUGGCAUCCCUGAGCCUUGCGCCAUUCCAAGGUCGCCAACACAGCGGUAUUGACGAUGCACGGAACAUCGCACGGAUCCUCACUGAGCUUCCAAGGCGAGGAGUGAAGCUUGAGCCUAAUAUGCACGUAAAUCCCAGAAAACGGUGGCCCUGGAUGGGCAAGCGAGGCAAAGUACUGGAAGACUAUAUUUGAUCCACUGCCGCUCGCCCAGUGCUCAACCAAUCACGCAGCAUGCGUCGCUUCUCAUGCUCCUGGCCCGCUUCCCAUAGAUUGCUGCGCCUUGCCAUUCGUCCCUAUACAUGGAUGGGAACAUUGACGGUCAUUGGCAGUGUGGGAGGCUACUGGACGGUACUAGCGCUCUCCGAGUCCGUGCUCCCUUGCAAUUGGAUCCUGGUAUUGCGUCAUGAUAUGUUUUUGCGUACUGAAUCCUACCGAUGGCAUCUCUCGAUCUGCAGUCGGCAGCAUGCAUCUCAUUGGUUCUCCCGUUCCCAGUCUUCGUUUGUUGCUAGUUGAUAGGUGAUCCGGUCGCAGGGUGCGACUUUUCCCACUGGUACUGUGAAUGACCAUAUGCAUAGAUCCGAUUACAACGAUAGAAUACAUUCUGAGCGGUGA